UUGUCCGAGUGAGGUCUUGCUUGUGGCGGAUAAAUGUUUUGUAUCUAUCUAUCUUUAAAUAAAAUAGACCAGAUACAUAUAUAAAUUUUAAAUUUUUUCUUCAAUCAAACGGUACACGGUUGUAUCUUUUUUAAUGGUUAUUGGUGAUAUCAUUUUUAAGAGAUGUGUGUUUAAAAGAUACAAUUUGCAUCUCAAAGUGCUGCAUCUCCAUCUGUGACCGCAUUAAAUUAACCUGAGAGUGAAUUUCACCUGCCAUUUAUUAUUAAUGUGGCAAAAGUAUGAUGAAAAAAAUAUCAUAAUUUAUAUCUGUCGUGAUCGUGCUCAAAUAUUACCGAGAAAAAAAAUGUUAAGUGUCAAAGAGCACUUCACAUAUUGAGGGUUUGAAUUUGAAAUAAUACAAAAAAGGAGUUUGUCUUAGUGAUUGCGAUUUGUAUAUUUGCGGUUUUUAUUACUUUUUUAUAUUUGCAUAGAGGCAUUCACUUGUGGUACAAUAUACUCGUAUAUUCAAGGUUGAGUAUCACGAUCGGUGGUGAGUUGUUGUUCGGUCAAAUCCAGUUAUAAAAAAAGAGAAUCGAUAAAAAAAAACAACAAACUGAAAUACAAUACUGAUCUUGGUAUUGUGGGGAGUUUUUUUGUAAUAAAAUUGGCAACACUGGUGUGCCAAUUCUGUGUGAGUUCGCGCUGGGCCAAAAGUAAGCCACUAUGCGAUCAUCAUCAUCUCUCCGAUCGCAUCCUUGGCAGUUUGGCCAGUUUUCUUGGAUUGUUGCACUUUUUCUUCAGAUAGUAUUGCUGUUGGAUGUAGCAAAAUGUCAGCUAGAAAAUAAGCCGCCAUAUUUUGUACCUGGAUCCGGGGAUAUGGCGCGGUUUAGCCUUUCAGAGAACACACCCGUUGGCAGUCCGGUUUAUCAACUUAAAGGAAUAGAUCCAGAAGGAAGCAAAUUAAAAUACAGUAUCUCGGGGCCGGUAUUUUCCGUUGACCGAGAUACUGGAGUUGUACGACUACGUCAAGAAUUAGAUCGUGAAUCACAAAAUUUAAUCGAACUAAUCUUGAGUAUCACGGACGAAGGAAUCUACGGAACCGAACCAAAUACAAUUUCUUUACGACGAGAAAUUCCAGUUCGAGAUUAUAACGACAACAAUCCGAUAUUUAUUGGACGACCAUACAGUGUAUCUGUGAGUGAAGCAACAUCUAUUGGAUCGAUAUUAGAAGUAAAACCAAACAUAAUUGUAACCGAUCGUGAUGAAGGUAUCAAUUCUGAGGUUGAAUUAAGAUGUUUCCAAGAAACUAAAAGUGAAAAUGAUAUCUGUGAUACUUUUGAUGUAAAAGCUGAGAAAAUUUCAGAAGGAAACUUUACAGCCCGGUUAAGUUUGUUAAAGGAACUUGAUUUCGAGUCUCGACCGUCUUACAUUAUGACAAUUAUGGCACGUGACAAAGCUAUAGGCAAUCAACUGAGCUCUUUUGCUACUGUUUCGAUAAAUGUGGUUGAUGUCCAGGAUCAACCCCCGGUUUUCACAAAUGCACCGUAUUCUGCAACAGUUGAGGAAAAUACUCCAACUGAUCAAUCUAUUCUGACAAUCACCGCGAUCGAUGGUGAUAUUGGUAUUCCACGACCAGUCUCACUUACUCUUGAAGACGAACCUUUUGGACACUUCAAAUUGGAGCCUAUCGGUUCCCCAAAAGAGGGCAAAGCUAUUUUACGUACAACAGACAUACCUCUUGACCGAGAGAAUCCUGAAAUUCUUCAAAAUGGCGGUGUUUAUGUGUUUACUGUGAAAGCCACAGAACUGAUCAAUGGUGAAGAAUCAGAAGAUUUUUCUAAAACUCAGGUCACCAUAGUUGUCACCGAUGUAGAUGACCAUGAUCCGGAAUUUAAUGAAGACCUAUUCAACAUUUCGAUUCCUGAGAACCUCCGUAACGGAAUGGCUCUUCCAGGUCUUUCAGUCUUCAUCAAUGACAAAGAUAUGGGGGACAAUAGCCGGUAUCAGUUAGCACUUCGACCUAUUAAAAAUGCUAAUCAAGUCUUCAGUGUUAGUCCUACCGUAAGUCAAGGACGAACUCCAGUUGUGGUAAAAAUUCUCGAUUCCAGUAAACUCGACUAUGACGUUAAAGAUCCUAGCUUACGAAUCUUCGAAUUCGACUUGGUAGCACUGGUAAAUGGUGAAGAAAAAUCUAGCGCUCGUGUGAUUGUGAAUUUACUCGAUGCCAAUGAUAACUCACCAAUAUUUCAGCAAAAUGCUUAUAGAUUCAAAAUCGAAGAGAAUCGUCCCGGGGGAACUAAAAUCGGUGAUAUCAAGGCAACCGAUAAAGAUUCCAACGAUUUCGGAGCAAUAAAUUAUUUAUUGAAAGGCUUUGGUUCCGAUAAUUUCUACACUGAUCCCGAAACUGGAGGUCUGUACAUCUCCAAAAGCCUUGAUUAUGAAAAACAAAGCAGCUACAGUCUUACGAUAGUUGCCAAAGAUGGUGGCGGAAGAGAAUCAAAUGCGAAUGUUUUCGUUGAUGUGGUGGAUUUGAAUGAUAAUCAUCCAGUUUUUGAGAGUUCCGAAUACACAAGAACCGUUCGUGAAGGGGCUAUUGAUUUUGAACCACAGUUCUUUGUACGAGCUAUUGAUAUCGAUGGGCCAGCUCAAGGUGGCGGGAGAAUAAAAUAUGCAAUAGUUUCGGAGAAUAGCAUUUCGGGGAAUGUUUUUCAAAUAAGUGAACCCACCGGAGAAAUUACUCUUCAGAAGGCAGCCAAGUCAAUGGAUACUGAAAGGGGAGAAUAUGAGUUGGUUGUUUCAGCUACUGAUUAUGGUACCCCAGCUCUUACAAAUACCACCCGGGUUCUUGUCCGUGUUGGUAUCUCAGGAAACCAAAGGCCAAUAUUCAAAGGUCACUUUCAAAACACCGAACACGUUCCAGUUAUUGGCCCUCCUAGUUAUCGAGUAUCGAUUCCGGAAAAUGCACUUUCCGGCUUCAAUGUAACAACUGUAUCAGCUUUAGACCCUGAUGGCUUGGAUUCACUACUGCGGUAUAGAAUUGUAGGGGCUAAUGAUAACUUCGUGAUCAAUGAAAGGAGUGGCCUUAUUCAAGUUUCUCCACAAGCUCGUUUAGAUCGAGACUCGAAUAUGGAUAAUUUCGAGAUUGUUGUAAAUGCAGUUGAUGCUGGUGUCCCAAUACCCGAAACAGCUACUACAACUGUCUAUGUUAAUAUUAAAGAUAUCAAUGAUGAACCUCCAAAAUUCGAACACUCAAGUUACAUUGGUUAUGUGUCAGAAAGAACUGAUAUUGGUGAAAGAGUAAUCAAAGUAACAGCUACUGAUAAGGACUUGAAUGCCAAAUUACAAUAUCAAAUUAAAGGUUAUGUCAAAGCUACUACAAAAGCUGGUGUUGCUAUAACGAAUCUUCGAAAUAACUACAAUGCCAAUGAAGCUUUUAGAAUCAAUCCGGAGACUGGAGAUAUUCUUGUAAAUGGAGUUUUAAGGCAUGAUGUUGCAGCUGUGAUUAUUUUUACCGUUGAAGUUCGUGAUUUGAAUGCAGAAGUUAAUGUUGAAGAGCAAGUAGACACAACUGAAAUAACUAUCUACGUUCAAUCUUUCAAAGACACAAAUCCGGUUUUUAAAAAUAAAGGUUGGACAAGUUCAAAACCGGUUGUGAAUGUUAAAGUUAAGGAGGAAAUGCCUAUUGGAAGUACUCUGUUUACACUGACAGCUGAAGAUCCAGUUACUCAAUCACCAAUUAGUAAUUUCCAACUUGUUGAUACUGACGAUUUAGAAUUCUUUAAUCUUCUACAACGUAGUGGAGAGUUGAUGCUUAAAAAACGUUUAGACUAUGAAGCAUUGACAGAAAAUGUGUUUGAAUUUCAAGUUAAGGCAACUUCUGAUGAUGGAACUCGAAGUACUAUUACCAAAGUAAAUAUCACUGUGGAAAAUGUCAAUGAUAAUGCACCGAUUUUUGAUCAAAGCUCUUAUCAUGCAACUUUGAUUGAAAAUAAAGUUUAUCCUGAGAAAGUUAUAACAGUUCAUGCAACCGAUUUAGAUGCUUCGCUAAGUCUGCGUGAUAUUCAUCUGGGGUACCACAAGGUUCUGUACUCUCUCCAAGGUGAAAAUUCAGCCUUUUUCAACAUAAACAAUAUAACUGGGGAGAUUACGAUUGCCCCAAAUCAAACAAUUGAUCGUGAGAGGAAUUCAAAAAUUUGUCUAAUUGUCAAGGCUGAAGAUUCACCAGGAAUGCCAUCGGAUUCGAAACAAAGUGUUGUUGAUCUUUCGAUUGAUAUUCUUGAUGUGAAUGAUAAUGCUCCAGAAUUCACUCAGAAGAAUUACACAGCUGUUAUUCAGGAGAAUGUUCCAGAAGAAGCAUUUGUUGUUAAGGUGUUUGCAAAUGAUCCAGAUGAAGGACCUGGUGGUGAAAUUCGUUAUGAUCUUGUUGACGAAGGUGAAGUUAAGGGAUUUUUCCGAAUAAACCCUUUAAAUGGAGAAAUUAAAACAAAACGAGAGCUAACUGGUAAAGGAAGAUCAGAGCCUUAUGAGUUAACAGUUAGAGCUCAAGAUAAUGGUGGACAAGUUCAAAAACAAGAAUCUCUUUGGUCAGAUGUUAAAGUUACUUUGUAUAUUGGUGAUGUUAGUGCAAAUGAUGGUAUACCAUAUUUUAUUUCUCCAAAAAUUGGAGAGUUUGGAAAUGUUUAUGAGAAUGCAACAAUAAAUUCUCGAGUAUUUAAAGUUAGAGCUAGUGAUCCAGAUAGUCCAAAUACACCAUCGGGAACAUUGUUUUAUAGAAUACAAAAUGAUACAGCUGAUGCUGGAGCUUUUGAAAUUGAUGAAAAUACUGGUUGGAUAACGACUGCUAUACCAUUGGAUCGUGAGACUAAGGAUAUUUAUAAUGUUAUAUUGGAAGUAUUUGAUAAUGGACAACCAAGGCAGUCAGUAACGAGGAUUUUGAAAAUAAAUGUCUUGGAUGUGGAUGAUCAUGAACCAAAGUUCGAAAGGGAAUUUAACGAUCGACCAUUGGAAAUGGCAGUCCUUGAAGGUGAACCCAUCGGAACGAUUGUUGGCAAUUUAACAGCAAUGGACAAGGAUAUCGGAGAAAAUGGAGAAAUAGAUUACAUCAUCACUGAUGGUAAUGCCGAUGGAGUUUUUGAAGUAGAAAGAACCAAUGACAGCAGAGCUUUAAUUCGAACAACUCGCGAAAUCGACCGCGAAUUAGUUGAAUCUUUCACUAUUACAAUUAAAUGUUAUAAAUUCAAAACUAAACCACCUUUCACAUCAUCAAACACACCCUACGACCCAUAUGAUUUAUCAGAAAUAAGAGUACAAAUAAAAAUUCAAGAUGUCGAUGAUAAUCUCCCUCAGUUUUCACGAAAAAAUCCCUCAGUUGGUAUUCGUAUAAAUGUUCCUAUCGAUACUGUAAUUGCAACAAUUCAUGCUACCGAUAUUGAUGCUGAAGCAGCACCAAUUGUCCUAAUGAUUGACAAUGUUACUUUUAUACCACAAUUUUAUAAACGAGCGAAAAAUAUGUCUCAAACUUCUGUUGGCCGUUUAUUCACGCUCAAUAAUAAAACUGGUGAACUUCGAACUGGUGGAUCUUUUACAAACUAUGUCGAUGGAUAUUUCCAGCUUCGUAUUAGAGCCAAUAAUUCAGACAAUGUUAAACGGCAUACCUUUAAUAACCUAAAGGUAUUUGUAAUACGUGACAAGUCGUUAUUAAAAUUCGUAUUCGCACGCCCUCCAGGGGAAAUUCAAGGAAUCAUUCAACCAUUCCAAGAGCAACUUCAAAAGAAACUCAAACCAAUGCACUUGGAAGUACACAUUCUCGAUACUCAAGUGCUGACUAGGCCCGACAUGAGUUUAGACUUUACUUCUACAAGUUCGUGCUUUCAAAUAUUUAGAAAUGGAGCAGCUAUACCUUUGAUAGAAAUGCAGAAGCUUAUGGACUCAAAUAAGCUGAAACAAGAACUCUUCGAUACUUAUGUUGAAUUUGGUGUUAGUCAAGUGGAGUCUUGUUCACUGCGAAGACAAGUUGCUGCUGCCAGCUUAAUGUCAUCACCUGGAACUUGGUUGGUAAUAAUAGCUGCGUUUAUUGGAAUUGCAGCUAUUAUAGCCACAUGUACUGCUUGUUGUUCAGCGAAGAAAUACAAAAAACAUUCGAAAAGAAUGCCUACCCCAAGACCUCCUCCUGAACCAUUCGGAGUAGGUGUACCUGCAGUAUUUUAUUCUGAACCAAUUUAUGGUCCAUUGUAGAGAACUUCCAGACAAAAAAUUUAAAAAUAAAUUCCUUUUAGAAAUAAUUAAGAAAAACUUAAAAAACAUUGUAAAUAUUAUUAUUCUCUUAAAAUUUUUAUUACUCGUAUAUAAUUUAAAGUGAUGCGCUUUUAUUUGAAUGAUAAGUUUUUGUGAUAAAAAUACUCAAUUAACUUUUUUUGUAUAAGUUAAAUUCUUUUUUAUUUUUCAAUUUUUUUUUUUAAAUAAGUUUUUGUACAAAUACUUUAUAGUAUUUUACAGUAAAAAUGCUUAAACUAUGUUUAAUAAUUAUUUUGGUGUUAAUGACUAAUGACGCUUAUCUAUUGCCAUGUGAAAAAAAAUUAGGCGGUUGGUCACUCUUUUAGCUGAUAAUAAAAUGUAAC